AUGCAUUUGAAAUAUUUUAUGCUCCACUCUCUGCUUUCAUCAGCGUUGGCAUUAGAAGGACGACCUGAAAUUUCCCGAGACGUUGUCAACUCCGCACUCGACGCUACCGACAGCAAAAACCUCCCAUUUUAUCCAACGACAUAUUGUCCAGGUCAUAAAGCCGACGAGAAUUUCCAGAGACAGAUAUUCGCGCACUUCGUCGAAAUGUUGUACGGUGAAAAAAAUGUGUCCAAAGCUUUCGAAACUUAUGUCGAUUCCAACAUCAUUGAACAUGAUCCUGUCGAUCCGCAAGACCGCGAUGCUAUUGUUGAAAGACUGAAUGGGAUCAUCCCUUAUGUAACCACCAAAAUUCUGUUUCAAAGCUUUGGCGAUGAUACUGGUCUGGUCUAUUUGAAGAUUGAAGAUGACCCAGAGCCGAUCGCUCUUGCGGAUAUGUAUCGAAUGGAUGGUACUUGCAUCGUUGAGCAUUGGGAUGUCCAACAGGCCAGGCCAGCGAAUGCGACAAAUCCACUUGCCAUGUUCUAA